AUGUUUGAAUUUAAAGUAAUAGAAAAAGAAGAUGAUUUAUAAUAUCUGAUAUCAAAUUUGCCAAAAGUUUGUGAUAAUAUCUCUAAAACAAAUACCAAGUUCAAAGUUCGUUAUAGAAAAAAAUAAAUCUUGUAAAUCACUGGUUAAUCAUUUUUUAAAAUGUAAGUUGUUCAAAUAAUUAGAUAAGCUAAAAAAUAAUUAAAGUCACGUCACUCCCUUAAAAAUAUAAAUUUUAUUCAACACUAGCAAGAUAAAACUUUGUUUAAAGACAUAAACCAUCAGUUAAUCCAAAAAUGUAAAAAAAAUUAGAACAACAUAAAUUGGAAUUUUUUAAAAUAUGGCAAAACACAACAUGAAUUUCUAGCUGAUUUAAUAGAAUAUAGAAAAAAAAUUUGAUAUUAACAGAUUUCAAAAAGUAAAAUAUCAAAAUAAGCAGUAAAAUUUGAAUAUAUUAUUUGGUAAUAUUAUAGAAAAAGUGGAUAGAUUUGUAGAAGCUUUAAAAUAUUAUGAUUAUGCGAUUGAAUAAAACCCUGAAGAUUCAGACUUGUAUAAUGGGAAAGGUAAAAACAAUAGAAAUAUUAAAUAUAGUUAAUACAUUAGAUAAAUUAAAUAGAUUUGAAGAAGCUUUAUAAUAUUAUGAUUAUGCAAUUUAAAAAGACUCCGAUAAUGCUGAUAUAUUUUAUAAUAAAGGUAAAAAUGAUAGAAUAAUUCAAUUUAGCACUGUUAUUGAAUAUUUUAAAUCGAUUUGAAGAAGCCUUGAAAUAUUAUGAUUAUGCAAUUUUUAAAAUCUUGAUGAUGCUGAUAUAUUUAAUAAUAAAGGUAACACUUAUUUAAUAAUAAAUACAGCAAUUACAUUAGAAAGUUUAAAACUCUAUGAAGAAGCUCUAAAACAUUAUGAUUAUGCAAUUUAAAAAUCCUGAUGAUGCUGAUAUAUUUAAUAAUAAAGGUUAAAUUGGUUUAAUCAUAAAAUAUAGCAAUGCUACUGUUUGCUUUACAUCUAUUUGAAGAAGCUUUAUAAUUCUAUGAUUAUGCAAUUUAAAAAAAUCCUGAUGAUGCUGAUAAAUUUUAU